AACGAAAUAUUUUUACCAGCAAAACUUUAUUUUUUUCGAUCAAAAGUUCCUUUCAUUGAUACAAUACAUUCAUUAUUAUGUUAAUGAUAAAUAGCGCUUAUCCUCUACAAUAAUAAUAUAUAUAGACAUUAUUUUCUCUUUUUCCUCAAGUAUUUCAGAUAUCGAAAAAAAAACAUCAAAAAAAAUAUGUUUCAAGAAAUACCGCUGAUUAGAUUUUCAUAUUAUUACAAGAAAAUAGGAAAAUGGAUAAGGAAGAAGUGCAAUAAUGUUGCACCAAUAAAGCGAAAUACACCAAAUAAAAAAAUAGAUACAUCAACACUAAAUGAAAAACCAACAUUAAAUGAAAAAAUAAAUACAUGUGAAAAAUCAACUUUAAAUGAAGAAACAGAUACAUCAACGCUAAAUGAAAAAUCAACUCUAGAUGGAAAAUCAGAUACAUCAACGCUAAAUGAAGAUACAUCGAAUGAGACAGCAUUAAGUGAAAAAACAGAUAAUGAAGAGAGGGAAAACACGCCGUCAACUAAAAGAACCUUUAAUUCUCUGAGAACCUUUUCAAAACCCUUUAAUUCUCUGGGAACCUUUCCAAAACCCUUUAAUUCUUUGACAAAAAUCUUUAACUUUCUAAAAACCUUUAAAUCUUCGAGAACCAUUAAUUUUCCAAUAAUAAUCUAUUGUGAUGAACUUAAACCAAUAAUAUAAGCUUAAUGUGUACUC